UCCUCUCCUCUCUCCUCUCUCCGCUGAACACUCAACGUCGUGCUCCCUCUCAAUGUCACCUUCUGCUCGACAUCGCUCCCUCUUUUUGGAGCUGCACAAGUCGAAACCCCCUUCAAACGAACCCAUAAACACCCCAAACCACCACCAAUCUCACUUCCUACAUCAAGAUUCAUACCUUGCAUGUACGAUUUGGUGAAGGUUUGAAGGAGAUUGAAGCUCAAUUUGAAAAACUAGAUUCCGGCAAAGCCUCCGUAUAGACAUCGACAAGCGAAUAUCACCACCUUCUCUUCUUCCUCAGACCAUUGCAUAUGUUUUUGCUGCUCCACAAAUUUUAAUUGAUCAAAGAGCCUUCUUCAAAUUCCAUUUUCUAGAGAGAGAUGGAUAAAGCAAUGAACAGACAGAGGGUUCUGCUGCAGCACUUGAGACCCAAUUCUUCUGUUUCCUCUUCCAAUUUUGAAUCUGUUGCUCUCUCUGCUUCAAUAUGUGCAGCUGGAAAUAGUGCUGCCUACCAUAGAACAGCUGCUUUUGGAGACGAUGUAGUGAUUGUGGCAGUGUAUCGGACUGCCAUUUGCAAGGCAAAGCGAGGCGGUUUUAAGGACACUCUACCUGAUGAUUUACUGGCACCUGUUUUAAAGGAAGUAAUAGAGAGAACAAAUUUGAACCCAAGUGAGGUGGGGGAUAUAGUUGUUGGUACAGUUAGGGCACCUGGCUCACUUAGAGCCACUGAGUGCAGGAUGGCAGCGUUUUACGCUAGCUUCCCCGAUACAGUUCCCAUCAGAACUGUCAACAGGCAAUGUUCAUCUGGCCUUCAGGCAGUUGCUGAUGUAGCUGCUUCUAUAAAAGCAGGAUAUUAUGACAUCGGCAUUGCUGCAGGAUUGGAAUCCAUGACAGUUGAUAAACUUGGCAGAUCCCGUAAAAUUAACCCUAAAGUGGAUAUCUUUGCACAAGCGCGCAACUGCCUUCUUCCUAUGGGUAUUACUUCUGAAAAUGUUGCACAACGUUAUGGUGUGACUCGGGAGGAGCAAGACACAGCUGCUGUUGAAUCACAUAGGCGUGCUGCUGUAGCCACAGCAUCUGGCAAAUUCAAAGAUGAAAUUGUCCCUGUAUCAACUAAGAUUGUGGACCCAAAAACCGGGGAGGAGAGGCCUGUUACAAUUUCUGUGGAUGAUGGUAUCCGACCAAAUACAAACAUGAACGAUUUGGCAAAGCUAAGGCCUGCAUUUAAACCAGAUGGUUCUACAACUGCAGGAAAUGCUAGCCAGGUGAGUGAUGGUGCUGGAGCAGUCCUCCUCAUGAAAAGAAGUUUAGCUAUGCAGAAGGGACUUCCUAUUCUUGGUGUUUUCAGGAGUUUUGCUGCGGUUGGUGUGGAUCCCACUGUCAUGGGAGUAGGUCCAGCUGCUGCAAUUCCAGUAGCAGUGAAAUCUGCUGGUCUUGAGCUUGAUGAUAUUGAUCUGUUUGAGAUAAAUGAGGCAUUUGCAUCUCAAUAUGUUUAUUGUUGCAAGAAAUUGGAGCUUGAUCCUGAAAAAGUCAAUGUUAAUGGAGGCGCUAUUGCUCUAGGCCAUCCUUUAGGCGCUACAGGUGCUCGUUGUGUAGCAACUCUCCUGAAUGAAAUGAAGCGUCGUGGCAGGGAUCACCGCUUUGGUGUUAUCUCCAUGUGCAUAGGCUCAGGUAUGGGGGCUGCUGCAGUUUUUGAAAGAGGGGAUUCAGUUGAUGAGCUAUGCAACGCUAGAACUGUAUAAAGCAACAAUCUUGUGUCAAACGAUGCUAAAUAAACAAUUAUUUAAAGCAACAA